GUCAGAUUCCCUCUGGAUGGGCGCAGGACAAUGCUGCAACGCUCUACUACUGUAAUCCUCAGCACUGACCGCCACCGCCACCACGAGCAUCACGAAUGAACAGCACCUCCGAGACCGGGCGAGCGCAAACGCCCCCAAACCAAACUUCGCCUGCUCUGCCGUCUUCGCCCCCAGUGCAGCAGCAGGCUCCUGUCUCAGACACUGCAGGCAUGGACCAAGGACCGACGUCAGGGCCUGAGCAGCCUGCAAGCCAGGAUUCUCAAGCCGCCCAUGCACCACUCAGACGAGUAGGCUCCGAUGCGACGCAGCGUCCAGCGUCAGCCCAGCAGCCCAGACACGAUGACAGCGACGAGCCAAGCAGCGCCGACAGCGAAGCAGAAGCAGAAGUCGAGGAAGACGAUUCGGACCCUGCGCACAGAAUCGACCACUUUGACUGGGACGACCUGCACCAUCGGUAUCACGAGGCGAUGAAGACAUGCCAUGGGGAGGAAGCAGCGCUAACAGAGGAAUGGGAGAGCCUCAUGACUUAUUUCCGUUUAUGGGCGCAGUCAGGACACCUGCAUGAGACGGAUCGAACGUAUUCAAGACUGUGUACGCGCACGUCAUACGUCAAGCACUCGGAGGAUACGCUUGAGCAGAAGAGAAACCACUACAUCAGUGUGGUCAAGGCAUUCGAGAGUGCGCUCAACCUUCUCAAAGCCAAUGGCCUGGGACGUUGAUGCUUAUCAACCUAGAUGCUAUUCAGCUUUCUCGUCAUCCUCCGGAGCCAGCAGUCUCGUCACAAGGCGUGUGGAGCGAGCAUGCAAUGUCGCCUGCUAGACGGCUACUACGCUCGUCAAGCCCGCCCACAUGUACCGCAUCGCGUAUACACAUUAUGCGCUGCUCCAUCAUGUGACGACUGGUUGUUGGUAGUAACGAGUGUUAAAGGACCACCAACCUCAAAAGAGAAGACCAUGCACGAGUAUUAGAACCAAUACGAUACCCACUUCCGUUCAGAAUGCGAUUCCAAAUAACCUUUU